CACAUAGCACAUUGCUUUAGUGCGGAGAGCGGUAAGGAUUUUAUUACUGGAGUUGGCCAAUUUGACAAGAUGGAAUUGAUAAAGGAUGGACGUUGUGUUGAAGUGGAAUUAACGGACACAACAAUGACUUACAGAAGUCGGAGGACUAGUUGUACCAGCAGUGUUGAAGAAGUUGAUGUGAUGACCUUGGACAAGAUUCUGUCGCUGAAGAUGGAACCGUCGGAGACAAAUAACAAUGCUGGACACAGGAAACAGUUUACUGUGUGCUUCGCUCGUGACGUGGACAAAACAAACAUGAGAGUUGACAAGGCUACGUUCAAAGGCACGGAGAAGAUUUGCGACAAAAUACUAGCACAGCUUGAGCCCAUGUUGGCAGCGAAGAGACGACCGAAGCAGCUUUUGGUGAUCGUGAACCCCAACAGCGGCCGGCGACAAGCAAAGAAAAUAUUUCACAGGAAGGUUGAGCCAUUUUUUCAACUGGUUGGCAUCACGUGCAAGGUUAUAGUGACCGAGCGACCAAAGCAGGCACAAGAAAUCCUUCAGAGCCAUGAUUUGACAGACAUCGAUGGAGUCGUCACUGUCGGCGGAGACGGUCUGUAUUGUGAAUGCCUGAGUGGUCUGGUGAUGCGCGCCCAGAAAGACGCCGGCAUCGAUUACAACGACCCGGACGCUGAAGUCGUUCCCAGUGAAGUCCCCAUCGGCAUCAUCCCUGCUGGAUCCGGAGAUUAUGUGGUCCAGUAUCUCCAUGGUACCCGUGACGUCAUGACAGCAGCUAUCCAUAUUGCUCUUGGUAAAAGUGGUCCGGUAAAUGCGGUCAGCGUUCAUCAGGAACGACAACUCUCGGCAUAUUCCGGUUUGUUGCUGGGUUUCGGCUUGUUCGGCGACAUUAUGAACGACUGCGAGAAGUUCAGAUGGAUGGGUUCGUCAAGAUUCAACAUCAUCCCGAUGGGGACGGUGUUGCGUCGGCGUAUGUUUGACGUAGAGGUAGAGUACCUCCCUGACGGCGGGUCAGAGUGGGAACAGACGGAAGGGAAGUUGUACGGCGUGGACACUUACGUCAUCACGAGAAAGCCCAAGCAGGAGAAGAUGGUGCCGUGUUUUGGGGACACCGCCCUCACCUUGUUCCUGACCAGUAAAUGCAGUCUGGCCAAACACGUCCAGCAACUGACCAAGGUGCAGGACCACAAGACGGGAUGUUUUGAUUACGAGUUCGUGGAUCAACACAGAGUUCAAGGUUAUAGAGUGACCUUUCCAAGGGCUACUCUGACGUCAACGGAAGACGGGGAGACGACGUUAGCAGAGAAAUACUACAUCAAUUGUGACGGCGAAGUCAUUUGUCUGUCAAAACCCCAGUUCGAAGUCAGACUCCAUCGGAAUGCCGUCCCAUUAUUCGGCAGUGUCCGCAACGUCUUGCAGUGCUGGUAGGCGACGUUGCUACCGGGAUGAAUUACCCGGAUGUUGAUAUAACGUCACAGACGUCGUCUCUCCGUCCGCCUCAGGCGUUAACAUCAAACUGUACAGGGACGGUUUUUCGGGGAUGCGUGCGCAGACAGUAUACCAGAGAUUUCUACAUGACGUCACAUAACAUGACACCCAUACGUCAUAAGACGUUUCUUACAGCUUGGGCUGCACGUGUAAAUCUCAUUUCUCCAAAGAAAGGAUGGAUAAUUCAAGAUGGCGUUUAGCAACUCUUCUUGAACGUGGGAUGGACGUCGAUCGGUGCUGUGAUUUGGGUGUAACCAACCGAGUUCUGAACGGUGCUGUGAUCUGACCUGGUCAAUAGACUGACCAAAGGUAGACGUUACUAAACAGUAUAUAGAACAGUCUUCAUUCAGGUUGUGACCUUGUAGCAGGUAUGAGCAUUUAUCCAUGUCCACCCAACACGCCGUUUCUGUUACCACAGAACUCAGACAAUCCUACGUGGCAGUGAUAAAACGCCUUUGAAAACAGAACCAUACAAUAUAACAGAUCUGCUACCAAAGUCAAUGGGUUUUAUGUUCACUUGUCCAAUUUCGUUUUUGAUAUUAGAAUCAAUCAAAUCGAAAAGAAAGGUUUGAAUAUUGGUUUUUUUUCUGGCUGUGCUCCACACAGGCGUUGAUGACAGGAUGACUCCAGAUGAGAGUGGCGUGAGACAGGGUGGUAUAACUAUGGACGUAUUGUUGGGUUUCCGAGGACAGCUCAGGUGUACAUAGACGAAAGAGCUGAGCCAACUAGGGACAAACCUGUAUUAUUGUUGAUCUCUUUUUGUUGUUAUAUUUUGUAAUAAAAUCUAUGAAAUUAAAAAAAAAUGAUUUGUUGUCAA